AUGGCGUCUCAAUUUGAUGAACUUAGGACGUUACUUGAGGAAGAAGUUGAAGACGAACCCGCAGAAAUAGACAAUUUUACAGAAGAAAGUGAUAUCGACUCUGAAGAUGAAAGAGAUAUUACAUUCACUGACGCAAUUAAGGUAAAAGCAUUUAUCGGGCUAUUGUAUUUAGCAGGAGUAUAUAGAGCAAACCGAAUGAGUUUGGAAGAUCUUUGGGAGAAAGAAGGUGAUGGAAUUGAAAAAUUCAGUCUUGUUGUGAGUCUCAAACGGUUUAACACACUUAUUUGUUGUCUUCGUUUUGAUGAUCGAAGAACUCGAAACCAAAGAAAAGAAAACGACCGCCUUGCUCCAGUUCGAAUAAUUUUUGAAAAAUUUGUUGAUAACUGUCAGAAAAGUUUUAGUCCAGGGGAAAAUCUUACUAUUGAUGAAAUGCUUCCUGGAUUUCGUGGUAGAUGUCAGUUUCGGCAAUACAUAUCCUCAAAACCAAACAAAUACGGUAUAAAACUUUAUAGUCGAGUUGAUGCAAGAAUGUUUUAUACUGUCAAAAUGGAAAUUUAUGCUGGGCAACAACCACAAGGCUCUUUUUGUUAUAGCAACAAACCAAGUGAUGUGGUGAUGAGAAUAGCUGAACCUUUCUUUGGAUCUGGUCGAAAUAUAACAGUAGAUAAUUGGUUUACUAGCUUCGAUCUCAUAGAUAAAUUAAAAACUAUAAAGCUUUCAUAUGUCGGCACUGUCAGAAAAAACAAAAAACAGUUGCCAAUUGCAUUUAUAAAUGUCAAAGGUAGAAAAGCAAAAACAAGCUUGUUUGGUUUUAAUAAUGAUAAAGUUUUGGUCACCUACAUCCCGCGCGAAAGAAAGAACGUCAUUCUAGUUUCAAGUUUGCACGAUGAUGAUGUCAUUGACCCUCAAUCUGGAGAGCAAAUGAAACCGGAAAUAAUUACUUUUUACAAUCUUACUAAGUGUGGAGUUGAUGUAGCAGAUCAGAUGUGUGCUUCUUAG